GCGCAAUAAGCCUGCUCUCACACGCGCAAGUGGAAGUGCAUGUCAGAAUAAACUGAGAGCUGUCAGUGCGCUUGAUUCACAUCUUCAAGUGAAAUACAGGGAAGGUCUGUCAUUUUAAUGCUUGGGAACUCCACGCUGAGCCAAAUGGAUGAGUUUCAUGUGACUAUUCGAACGACAGCAUCUCCUUCCUCAGGGACAUAUGGCACCGUUUGGAUAUCUUUGAUAGGUACUCUGUGCGAGAGCCCUUCAGUCAGAGUAGAUCCAGAUCAACAUCGUCUCCUGCCAGGCUCGGCCUGUACCAUUGUGGUCAAGCCUAAAGAGCAAGUUGGCAAAGUGGUUCUGCUAAAACUGCGUCUUGAGGCUCGUCCUGGUUUUCCAGACCUGGAUUGGCACUGUCAGAAUGUGCAGUUGAGACGUAGUUCAGAGGAUCCUGAGGUGGAGGUUUUUCCUUGCCAUAAAUGGAUCCGAACUGCAGAUGGUAAUGUUGAGCUUCGCAAUGAGAAAGUGUGUCUGAAGAAGGGGGAGACAUUGGCAAUCUUAAAAGAUCACAGGGAGAAGGAACUCCACAAUAAACAGCAGUUCAUCAGGUGGGGCACAUUUACUGAAGGUGGCCCUCAUUGUGUAGACAUGUCCAGUGUGGAAGCUCUAAGCCCUAACUUGAGUUCCGUCCGUCAGCGCCCAAGCACCACCACACACUAUCUGAUGGGUUUUAUUGAAAGAAGAUCUUGGAGUAAUCUGCAGGAACUUGAUACAUUCUUCUUUUUCAAUGCAAGGGAGAACACCACUGCCAAAUAUAUUCAGGCCAACUGGAAAGAUGAUGCGUUCUUUGGAUAUCAGUGCCUCAAUGGCUGCAAUCCUCUGUGUAUCAGACAGAUCAACAACCUACCACCUAACUUGUCUGUCACUUCAGAGAUGCUCAGAACUUUUCUGCCAAAGGGGUUAUCCCUGGAGCAGGAGUUGGAGAGAGGACAUAUAUAUCUUCUGGAUUAUGAGGUGCUGGAUAAGUUGCCAUCUAAUACUGUCAAUGGAAAACAGACUUACUUGGCUGCUCCCUUAUGUCUGUUGCAUUACAAUCAACAUGGAGAGCUAAAGCCCAUUGCCAUUCAACUUCAACAGGUUCCUGGUCCACAGAAUCCUGUGUUCUUGCCCUCUGAUCCUACACCUGAUUGGUUGUUAGCGAAGAUGUGGGUGCGUAAUUCAGACUUCCAGAUCCAUCAGCUACUUUCUCACUUUCUGCGCACUCAUCUUUUUGGAGAGGUGUGCUGCACUGCAACACUCAGACAACUUCCAGAGAUUCAUCCUCUGCACCAGCUCCUGAUGCCCCACAUCCGAAGCACACUUCAGAUUAACAUUCAGGCUAGAGCUACUCUUCUGGCCAAAAAUGGUGUUUUUGACAAGUCUAUAGCCUGUGGUCUGGAGGCAAUACCGCUGCUGUUUGCACGAGCAACACAACGUCUACGUUACAGCUCAAUGUGUGUGCCAGACGACCUUAGAGAGCGAGGACUUGAUACACUGCCCAUCUGCUAUUACGCACAAGAUGCUCUGAGGGUGUGGGAUGUACUACACAGGUUUGUUGCUGGCUGGAUUAGAUUGUAUUACCGUAAUGAUGAGGACGUCCAACAGGACUGUGAGCUGCAGAAUUGGAUUAGAGAAAUCUUCAUGGAGGGAUUCCUCGGCCUCACUCACAUAGGAAUUCCACAGUCUUUUCAGACCACAUCUGAAAUGUGCAAGUUUAUCACCAUGAUGAUCUUCUCCUGCUCAGCACUUCAUGCAGCUGUGAACUUCUCUCAGCUUGAUUACAACCUCUGGAUACCAAACAGUCCAGCAGCCAUGCUACGCCCCCCUCCUCAGACAAAAGGCUCAGUGUCUGAGCAAGAGCUUCUCUCCUUUCUUCCAGAGGUGAACACCUCUUGCCAUGUCAUUAGUGUCUUGUCCCUGCUGUCAAAGCCUGCCACAGACUAUGUCCCCUUGUGCCAAUAUGGUGAAUGGUACUUCCACUGCGAUGCAACUCUCAGGCUUGUGGAGGGGGUACAGAAAGAGCUGAGGAUGAUAACAAAAGAUAUUACAGAAAGGAACAGCAAGUUGGUGUUGCCUUACACUUACCUGGCCCCAGAUUGCAUUGAGAACAGUGUUGCUAUCUGAGUUCAAUUAUUAAAACACCGUUCUUUCUUCUUUAAAGGCAGUUUAACUUAAGAAAUGUUUUUCUGCAUUUCAUGGCAAUUGUAACCUUGGCUUAAUCAUUCAUCUCAUUUUCAGCUAUACUUAAAUUUAGAGCUUGAAGCUUUGUGUUUCUUAAAUGAUUGAAGAUUGAAACUGGUUUUAUAUUUCUGUACUCUGUAACUACAAUUACAUUCCUAUCAUGCUACAAAUAAAUGCAUAAUUUAGUUUCCAAAGAAAACACAUAUAACACAAAAUGUAAGAAUAAAA